UCGUCAGUUUUUCUUUGCAAAUUGAAUCCGCAGUAGUAAUUAAAGCAAUAAUUUGUGUUUUAUCCUGCAAAUUGUGAAGUGAUAAGUGAAAUAAGAUUCGUUCUAGAGUGAAAAGUCAACUUUACUAUUCUUAUAUAAUCAAGAUUAUUAAAACUUUAUGAAAAACACUAUAGAUGAGCUCUGUGCUACUUUACAAAUACCUAACUGUAAAAUGGCAAAUUGAAUGAAUCUAUUCAUGUUUAUAAAUAAAAACUAACACAUUUUACUACAGCUAUGGGGUAUUGUUGAAAAAAAAAAUUGUAUACAUGCUAAUUGUAAUAAGGUAGAGAAAUACGUUUAAAUCUAUUCAAAUAAUGCGAUGUAUGCUCCAGACCAUCCUAGAAGGAAAGAAGUUAAAGAUGCUAUGUAUCGAAGUAACUCAAGUCUCGACUUGAUAUACGCUGAACAUCCUUCGGGCAACGGGCUCCGACGUGAGUACGGCAGCCAUGGCUCUAUUGAUGUGAUAGGUGGCGGAAACGAACGAUAUAUUCCCACUAUGGUUCAUAAUUACAGCGUAGUAUCAAGUGGUGAUAAACCUUCUAGUGUAACUAGACUCACUGACAGGUUCUCUGAAAUCUUAACUACUGAUCAUGCUGAUGGCCCAACUCCAAGAGCUAGUGUAAGCCCCAAACCUCGGCUAAAGCUUAAUAAGCUUUGGGGUGGAAAUACACCUAUAGCAACCCGCCAGUGUAAUGAUGAUACUUCAGUGUCAGGUAUUGCUGAUGCCACAAAACGAAAACAAUUUGCACAUUAUGACUGCCAGUCACUUAUGGCCAACUUAAGUUAUGCUGCUGAAAUACGAGGUGCCUUAUUAAGUAGGCGCCGCAAUACAACAACUGGAGCUUCAGCUGCAUCUCUAUUAGCCACACGUGGUCUACCUCCUGGUGAAGAUACAGUUCCAGAUACAGGAGAUGGCCGCUUUAAUGAGAUGAUUGAUAGUUGUCCUUUCUUCAGAAAUGAACUAGGAGGGGAAGAAGAAAGAUGUGUAUCACUGUGCCACCGAACUGCUAGAGGCGGUAUACCAGGUCAGUUUGGAGGUUGGCAUCGUCCUAAAGCUGCAUAUGGCUUCUCAGUAUUGGAGUUUCCUCCUGGCCACACCCAUUGGCGUCAAGGUUGCCCUUUCGCAAAAUCAGUGUCACCCCUUCCUGUUGAAAGUCAAGAUCUUGGAGCACUAUAUUUUCGAAAUUAUUUCUAUACCCAACCUCAUCAGAAUUGGUUUGGUAUGGAUGAGAAUCUUGGUCCUAUUGCGAUAUCAAUCAAAAAGGAAAGGGUAGAACUUCGCCGUGGUGGCGGUGAUGCAUCAACACCGGCGUCACAGCUCGCUUGGCAGUACAGACUUAUUAUACGUACUUCUGAACUUCUAACUUUAAGAGGAUCCAUACUAGAGGAUGCCUUGCCUACAGUCAAACCCAGUAAUAACAGUGCCACUUAUAAUACUAAGGAAGUUUUGGAAUAUAUUGCUCCAGAGCUUCAACUUAAUUCUUUAAGACUUGGACUAACAAACACAGCAACAGAGGAACAACUGCUCCGUUUAGACGAACAACGCGUCACAAGACAUUAUAAAGUCGGUGUUAUGUAUUGCAAGAGCGGUCAAUCGACCGAAGAAGAAAUGUACAACAACCAAGAAGCUGGGCCGGCGUUUGUCGAGUUCCUACAAAUGUUGGGCCAAACGGUCCGCUUGAAGGAUUUCGACAAAUACAAAGCCGGUUUAGACAAUCGUACAGACUCGACGGGACUUUAUUCCGUGUACACUACGUACCAAGGAUGCGAAAUAAUGUUCCACGUCUCCACCAUGCUGCCAUACACGUCGAAUAAUAGGCAACAGUUGUUGAGAAAACGGCAUAUAGGCAACGAUAUAGUAACAAUUGUCUUCCAAGAACCCGGUGCGGCACCGUUCACACCGCGACACAUACGAUCUCAAUUUCAACACGUUUUUGUUGUCGUUAGAGUCAUAGAUCCGUGUACAGAGAACACUCAUUAUAGCAUAGCUGUAAGUCGUGCGAAAGAAGUGCCUUUAUUUGGACCGCCUAUUAAAGAUGGCGCGGUCUACCCGAAGGGUGAUGCGUUUACUGAUCUGCUACUUAGUAAGAUAAUAAACGGUGAGAAUGCAGCAAUACAGUCGCCGAAGUUUAGUACAAUGGCGACGCGGACGAGACAAGAGUAUCUUAAAGAUUUAGCAAAGAAUUAUGUCACUGCCACCACACUAGAAACUGGGCAGAAAUUUUCUAUAUUUUCUUCUCUUCUAAUGAAAAGCAACAAUUCUAGUAGCAAUAGUACAGUUAUACCAAAAACUGAUGACUGUACCAAUGACGUAUUAGUGGGUGGAGCUUUGUGCUUUCAUGUCCAAGUACAAGACGAAGGAGCGGGCGGUACAUCCGUUGAUUGUAUACUUGGCAUCUCCGCUGAUUCUAUAGUCUUUGUUGAAGAUCUUUCACGUCAAAUUAUACUUGCAGUACCGACGAAUACAUUACUAGGUUGGGUUAUAAGUGGCGAAUGGACGCGUAUAUACUACCAUCGUGGUGAGAGCGUACGCGUACGUAACAGUACGGACGUGUUGCUGCGGCGUCUCAGUAGCGUCGCGCCCCAACACGCGCAUUCACUCAAAGAAAUUACCUUAGAAAGGGGUGCUGCUUCGCAACUCGGUUUCCACGUGCAACCAGACGGCCUUGUAACAGCGGUGGAGGGCGGUGGACCAGCUGCAAGAGCUGGCGUGCGACGAGGUGCCAGACUACUGGAAGUGUGCCGUGCUGCAGUCGUCGCAUUACCCCACGACCACCUGGUGGAUCUACUCAAGACAUCGGAUCCAGUUACUGUGACGUUAACGUUCGCGUCCAGCGGGCGAUGUGAGUGCCAGACGUACGCGGGUGAAGCGUGGGCGCAGCAGCCGGGACGACGACGCCUCACCCACGACCGGCCAACUUCGCCCCCUCGCUCCGACAGUUCCGGAUAUGGAACAGGUGGAUCAGGCCGUAGCGCAGCAUCUCCAGGUGGAGAAGCGGUUCGCAGACGAUCUCAUGAUGACGCAUCACCAAGGCAUCCACGGCGACCCCGUCUCUCUGCCAAUACAUCGUCUCUCACGGAGGAGCUAAUGCGACUUAUGGACGCAGAACUGGGGGACGCAAAAAAUACCGCGUUGGAAAGAAUCGCAUCUAGCGCUGAUAGAGUUGGGUCAAGUGCUGAUAGAGUUGGGUCAAGCGUUGAUAGAGUUGGGUCAAGCGCUGACAGAGUUGGGUCAAGUGCUGAUAGAGUUGGAUCGAGUGCUGAUAGAGUUGCAUCGAGUGCUGAUAGAGUUGGAUCGAGUGUUGAUAGAGUUUUAUCAAGUGUUGAUAGGGUUGGAUCAAGCGCUGAAAGGGUUGGGUCUAGUGGAACAAAUGCGCCCACUCCCCAAGGAGCACCUUUGCCGUUGCCCGACGCUUCGGCACUCGACUGGGCUGCACUAGUCCACACUGCGACGCGCGCUAUGUUGCAGAUAUGUGAAGAGCAUCAAUAUCCAUCUUUAGAGAACUCGGAUCCACCUCUAGAACCUCUGCCCAGCGAGUCACUACGAGAUUGGCCUGAGAGACCAACAAGUGAAAGAACAACGCCUGCUGCGCCAAAUACGAGUACAAUUACGAGUACGGACUCAACCGCGUGCGCAUGCGGACUCAAAGAGCGCGUCGCAACAUUAGAGGCCGACGCCGUCUGCGCACAAAGACAUCAGCAUCAGCUUGAGGAAGAGGUACGUCGUCUAAGACGGCAUAACGCGCGGUUAAGAGAGGAAUCGGCGCGAGCUGUAUGGCAGUUGAGGCAUUUUACGCAGUGGCUCAAGCGGACCGUCGACAAAUAGUAAUAUUUUACGUAUACCCGUACGUACGCGCGUACGUACUAGAAUUAACGAAAAGUACGACAAAACUGUUAAUGCAAGCCUCUUAUUAAAAGUUCUUAUUAGAAUUUAUUUGGCUUAAUUUAAGCUUUUUCCUUAUAAAUUUUUUGGCUUUAAAUUUUUCAUGUAUUUUUGUGUAACUGAUAAAUCAAUUAAUAUUUGAUAUUAUUUACAACUUUGCUAGAUUUUGUGUACAUUGCAAUUUAAUACAAAUCUCAUUUUAUAACAAAGUUACCGUCCAUGAUUUUCGAUUAAGUCGAUUUCUAUAGAAUUACUGAAGUACCUUGAAUGUAAGAUUCCGUUGAUAAGUGUUAUGGGCCUAUAAAAUAAGUCAAUUAAUUGUAUUUAUUGCGUCUAAUGCUUAUCUAAAGUUUAUAAUAAUCAUAAUAGUUAUAAUGAUUAGUAGAUCCUAUUUAAUCUAUAAUAUAGACUAGCUAAUGUUCAUCCAGAUAUUCUCGACUUCUUAAUCUUAGGUCCGUAUAUUUAUAAUUUUUUUUAACAUUUUCGGCUAAAUUCAUCGCCCUUGUCACAAGUUUAAAGUAAUGUUCCAAAAUUUAGUUUUAUUAAUGUUGUAUUAAGGACAUGGAAUGCCAACUGUCAGCUGUCAAAUUAUGACAGAUGUGAAAGUUCGUUCUCCAUGGAACUAAUAGAUCUAUCGAAUUGUAUAUGAAAUUAAAGGUUCAAAUAGAUUUUGAAAUGGAAAAUGCGGGCCUUUGAAAGGGCCAAAUGUGACCUACGAAAACGAAAUAAUCUAAAUACCAUUACCAUAUUAGGUAAUAAUUAAAUGAUCUUAUUACAAUGCUAAUAAUAAAUACUUGAAUGCCCCAAAAUCAUUUACAAAUUUAAUAUACUUUUAUGUACAUUUGUAGGUAUUACAACAGCUCCUUUGCAUUCAUAAUUUAAAAUUUAAAUUAUUAUUUAAUUUAAUGUCAGAUCUUGAGAUAUUAACUCUAGCUACAUUUUUCGUUUUUGUAGCGUCCUUUAAAUAUUGCACAUAGUUUUUACUCCAUUUCCGUAAUAGACCUCCUUCGAAAGCCGAAAAAGAAAUCAUUCAAAUUUUUGAAAUUGGAAUGGAAUUUUUGAAAAAAGAAUUCGUAAUUGGAAUCUAUUUUGGUUUCGAUGGCGGUCUUUUUGCAUUAUAGACUGUUGCGUAAAAUAAGUUAAUAUGUAAAGUGAUACAUGGUAUAUCCAAAGAAUAAUUUCUUAUGAAUGACGAGUAUAAUCGCGCUGUAUCUUAUGAAUUUUGUGCCUUUCUUCAGCUUCUAGGGAAGCUAUUACGUUGGCGACCUUAUAACUGUUAAUUAUAGAUUAGUAGUAGGUAUUUGUUAUUGCCUAACGUAUAGUUUUCAUAUACGAUGUUCUCGAUAAGUUAACGGUCCGUUAUACGCCGUUAACGCCCGGAUUAUAUAAUUUUCCAUAGACAUCAUAUGUAAAAUUUUCAAAUAUAGUGAUAUAUAGAUAUAGAUUUUGGAAUUGAGCAAGAAAACUCAAUAAAUUUAUCAAAAAUCAAAUCGCUUCAGUUUAAGGUGUUUACUUGUAAGCUGCUACUAAUGAUAACAUAUAAACCGUGUUUAAAGGAUUUAACGGACCGUUUAAAAGCGGAGGUUAAAAUUUGAAGAUAUUAUGUUACGAAUUACUGUUAUGUAUUAUAGUGUGUUAAACAUAUUUGUAAUGUCGCUUUGUACUUUUUGUGACGCACAUUUGUUUUUGGAAAAUUUACACAUUUGUUCGCUUAUAAGUUAAUAAUCUUUUUGACAUUUUUUAUAAGUGGCCAUAGACUACAGCAGGCGUGUCCCUAAUUUUACGCUACUUUAGUAUUUGCAUACGAUAUUAAUUUUUUGGCCGUUUAAAUAGACUACAUAAGGCUGCAUAUAGUUAGCAUGUUUUAUUUGAUGUAUGCUUCUAUUUAGUUCCAAAAACGCCCGCGUGGCGCUUCUCAAGUUUUCAUACAAAAAUUAAUCACUGCUAUUUUUUACGUCUAUAAUGUGAUUUUUCGAAUAUCUGUGGAAUAUUUUGGUCAUUACCAAGCGGGUCACGUCUGUUGUAAAUUUGUCUUGUGUCCUUUAUAUUUUCAUAUGACCGAGUGAAAUAGCAAAUUACUUCAUGCUCGUUAUAACAGUUGUGUAAAUAUGAAUCUCAGGCUUAGUUUAAAUUCAAUGAGAGCUUUAUUAGUUUAAGCCACGAACAACGCGUAAUUUUACGUUAUUUAUACGUUAAUUAAGGUUUACGAUAGUGUUCCCACGUUUUUCACAUAAUUUUUAUGGAGAAGUACAACGAUUUUUGCACUUGAUAAAAAUCCCACCUUUCAGCACUGUUCAUGAACAAAAUCUUCGUUGGUGUGUAGGUAUAAUUUAUUACCAAAGUGUAGCAAUUUACCGCCAUAUUUUUUUUGAGAAUUAUCUUUAUAAUUAGCACGUUUCAGCGGUUUUCAUAUGUUUACUGUUAUCUUAGAUAAGUAUUUUCUACGUUUAUUUAAGGACAUUCCAGUAUAUUAAAGUAUAUACCAAAGAA